UAAAGGGCGCCACCAAGGCCCACAUCAUAAAAGUGAGCGUAAAAUGCUUCUAGAAUAUUCUGUAGUUAAAAUUUCUGAUUAUAGAAAAAAGGCCAGGCCGUCCUUAAUGAAUAAAAUAAAUAUCUAAUUAUAAACCUGAUUACUAAUAAGUUAGGCCAAAUGAUGAUACAGAACGAAGCUUUUGUUCUCAACAUCAUCUUCUCCGCAGUACUUUGUCCACCAUCAAGACAGGCGGUUGCUCGAGUCCAACUCGCUCGUCUUAAAUUGGUGCGUAGAUGUUGCAAGCAUAGAAUAGGACUCGAUAGGGCAAGCCCCGCUGGUCUAGGCCGAGCUAGCGCCACACCAUCUCUUCGUACAGUGAACAAAGUAUCCAGCUACGGAGUUACGGAAUCGAAUAAUGGCAGGUUUAAGGUCUGUCAAGAUUGCAGAAGAAAAACAAGGACUCGUACUCGUAUUCCUUAGUUACUACGGUAAGGGAUCUAUCAGUGUUCAAUAUAGAUGCACCCAACCCAAGAUAUACCCAGCCAGGAACCCAACAGGUAAAGCUUAUAAUAAAGGCUAGUCAAUAGUCUGGGUAGUCUUAGUGUGCUUAAGCCAAAUAGUCAAGAACGCCUGCUGCUCACACGGCCACGAGUAAUGCUGAAAGCUACGAAUAAGCAUCUCUCUCUCUCUCUCUCUCUCUCUCUCUCUUUGACCGAAUUAUGCGUGUACUGAUUAUGCGUAUUAUGCAGAACAUUCCAUCAUUCUGGCUGUUCCUGACAUCCACAUCAUAUUAAAGCCGCUCCAGAAUAGUCUAACAUUAAAUCGUGUUUUCAACAACGAAACAAUUAAAACUAAUGUCUCUAUUAGCUAUUGUUCUCGAGCUUUCAUUACAUCUGCUUUCAUAUAUAGCAAACUUUACCCACAAUUGAUUCCACAGUUCGCUUCGUACCACGUCACAUCGAUCCCUUUCGGUGGUCGUUUUGCAUAUUCCAAAUCAAUUGCAAAUGGCAGCAUUACGAAUGUGGAAAGUUUCCAUUAUUUUUCUUUUUGCCAUCCUUCUGCCCGUACCGUCCACCCGGCUGUACAAAGUGAUACCGAUCGUAACGGGAGUGGAUCUUAACGUUAACUUGAAAUAUCUUAACUCUUCCAUCCAAGUCCACACUGGGACGGAGAAUAAGGUCGAUUUUUCUAUUGAUCUCAAGACACCGAUCAUAGAGCCAUGGAUCAACAUUGUCGCGUGGGUCGAUGUGGCAUCCGGUACGCUACUAGCACCGAUACAAAACAAAACCUUCAACUUUUGCAAGUUCCUGCGCAACCCGUCCUUGAACCGGUUGGGCCAGAUACUGCUGCGCGAGGUAAAACGUAGCGGAAAUGCACAUUUAAACUGUCCGUUCCUUCCCAAGCUGUACCAGUUCCGCGGCAUAUCAACGGGCGCACUACAUUUGCCGGUGUUUCUGCCCGAGAGCAAUUUCGUGUUCGAUGUGUUGGUGAGUGUUAAGGAUGAGCAAGUGUACGAUUCGCGUUGGUAUGGUAUGUUGAAAAGAGUUCAGUGUACGUCCGAUGUACGGUGUUAG